GGACGAAUAACGUUUCUGAAACAUUUUUUGGAUGUGAAUUCUGAUUUCUUUUAGACCAUGUGAAGCAUAAAAGUGGGACCAGUGAACCAUGGAGCUGUAUUUUGGUGAAUAUCAACAUGUGCAACAGGAAUAUGGUGUCCACCUGAGACUCGCAAGUGAUGAAACCAGGAAGUCCAGGAAUUCCCAGCAUGCUAAGGCAGGCUCCUAUGGUGUCAGUAUUCGGGUCCAGGGCAUUGAUGGCCACCCCUACAUAGUCCUCAAUAACACAGAGCAGUGUCUGGCAGGCACGUCUUUUUCUGAAAACGGGCCACCGUUUCCAGCUCCAAUGAUAAACAACCUGCCCCUCCAUCCCAGCAAGGGGUCUGUGGUGGAAGAGAACAGUGCAGAAGAACUGCAGCUCCCAGAAAACCCAUAUGCCCCACCUGGCCCAGUAAGAAACCUGAAACAGCCCUCUCUCUUUGAGGGCAAGAAUGGGGCUCUAGAGCGCAAAGAGGAGCCAAGGAAGGCAUCCCCCAUGCUGAACUUUGAGAGGCAUCCAGAGCUUCUACAGCCCUAUGAUCCUGAAAAGAAUGAGUUGAGCUUGAAAAAUCACCAGCCUCCUGAAACCAGUUGGCUGAAAGCUUUAAGAGAAGAAGGGACCAACAAUAAGAAGGCCUGGAUGCCCAAACCUAGCCAUUCCCAGCCCACCAGCCCUCCCUCCGAAGACCCGGCCAGGUCCAAUGUGACGGCCAUCCGUCUGUGCAGCUCUGUGGUCAUCGACGACCCCAAGAAGCAGACCUCGGUGUGUGUGAACGUUCAGAGCUGCAGCAAGGAAGAUCCAGCAGAGGAGGCUUUUGCCCCUAGCGGGAGGCCCCUGCCCACCCCCAGCCUCCAAGCCCACCCGGAAGCCAAGAAAACCAGACCGGAUGUGCUUCCCUUCCGGCGCCAGGACUCAGCCGGGCCGGUGCUGGACGGAGCCCGGUCCCGGAGAUCCUCCUCGUCAUCCACGACUCCCACUUCAGCCAACUCUUUGUACAGAUUUUUACUCGAUGAUCAAGAAUGUGCCAUCCACGCCGACAAUGUGAAUCGUCAUGAAAACAGAAGGUACAUCCCUUUCUUGCCCGGAACUGGGCGGGAUAUUGACACAGGGUCGAUUCCUGGCGUGGAUCAGUUGAUUGAAAAAUUUGACCAAAAACCUGGGAUGCAGAGAAGAGGCAGGUCUGGGAAGAGAAACAGGAUCAACCCAGAAGACAGGAAAAGGUCCCGAAGUGUGGACAGUGCCUUUCCUUUCGGUCUCCAGGGGAACUCGGAGUACCUAACGGAAUUCAGCAGGAACCUGGGCAAGUCCAGCGAACACCUGCUGCGGCCAUCACUGGUGUGCCCGCCGCGUGUGCAGGAGCCCCGGGGCAGGCAAGGCGGGGGGCGUGCCUUCGCCAGGCUGCUGGGAGCCCAGCCCAGGCCUCCCCUGCAGAACAAAGAUGGGAAAGUUCCAGAAAACAAAGGUGCUCAGGAAAGUCCUGCUGGGCGCACAUCCUCCCUCCCAGCACAGACUAAGAAGGAGGAGGAAAUCAAAACAGCCACGGCUACGCUGAUGUUACAGAAUCGGGCGCUGGCGACUUCCCCUGAUUCAGGGACCAAGAGGAUUUCCGUGAAGACCUUUACUUCCACCUCAAAUACUCAGGCCACACCGGAUCUGUUAAAAGGCCAGCAGGAGCUCACUCAGCAAACCAACGAGGAGACGGCCAAGCAGAUACUUUACAAUUACCUCAAAGAAGGAAGCACCGAUAAUGAUGAUGCUACUAAGAGGAAGGUCAACCUGGUGUUUGAGAAAAUCCAGACUUUGAAGUCUCGAGCAGCAGGGAGCACGCAAGGAAAUAAUCAAGCUUCUAAUUCUUCAUCUGAAGUCAAAGAUCUCUUGGAACAGAAGAACAAGUUGACCACAGAAGUGGCUGAACUUCAGACACAGCUUCAACUGGAAGUCAAGAAUCAACAGAAUAUCAAAGAAGAGAGAGACAGGAUGAAAGCAGACUUGGAAGUGUUGCAGAGCCAGCAUGACAGCAAGGUGGAGGAGAGCACUGUGCUGCAGCGGCGGCUGGAGGAAAGUGAAGGGGCGCUCCGGAGACACCUGGAGGAGCUGUUCCAGGUGAAGAUGGAACGAGAACAGCACCAGACUGAAAUCAGAGAUCUCCAGGAUCAGCUCUCGGAAAUGCAUGAUGAACUGGACAGUGCGAAACAGUCCGAGGACAGGGAGAAGGGGGCUCUGAUCGAGGAGCUCCUGCAGGCCAAGCAGGACCUUCAGCAUCUGCUCAUCGCCAAAGAGGAGCAGGAAGACCUCUUGAGGAAGCGGGAGCGUGAACUCGCUGCGCUGAAGGGAGCCCUGAAGGAAGAGGUUUCCAGCCACGACCGGGAGAUGGACAAGCUGAAGGAGCAGUAUGACGCCGAGCUGCUGGCCCUGCGGGAGAGCGUGGAGGAGGCCACUAAGAACGUCGAGGUCCUGGCCAGUCGGAGCAGUACUGCAGAGCAAACCCAGGUGGGGGCAGAGAUGCGCGUGAAGGCUCUGCAGGAGGAGAACGAGAAGCUGCGGGGGAGUGUGGAAGAGCUGGAGCGCACUGUGGCUCGGCUGCAGAGGCAGCUUGCUGACCUUCAAGAUGACGAGGCCAAAGCAAAGGAGACGCUCAAAAAGUGUGAGGGAGAAACUCGGCAAUUAGAAGAGGCCCUUCUGCAUGCAAGAAAGGAAGAGAAAGAAGCCGUGUCAGCCAAAAGGGCCCUGCAGACUGACCUGGAAGAGGCUCAGAGAAAUCUGAGCCGGGCCACCCAGGAACAGAAGCAGUUGUCUGAGAGGCUCAAAGACGAGGCCGAGCAGAAGGAGCAAUUAAGGAGACUGAAGAAUGAGAUGGAGAAUGAGCGAUGGCACCUUGACAAGACCAUUGAGAAACUGCAGAAGGAGAUGGCCGACAUUGUCGAAGUGUCCCGCACAUCAACGCUGGAGCUCCAGAACCAACUGGAUGAAUACAAGGAGAAAAAUCGCAGGGAACUUGCGGAGAUGCAAAGACAGUUGAAGGAGAAAACUCUAGAGGCAGAAAAGUCCCGUCUGACUGCCAUGAAGUUGCAGGAUGAGAUGCGCCUGAUGGAGGAAGAGCUACGGGACUACCAGAGGGCUCAGGAAGAAGCGCUCAUGAAAAGGCAGCUUCUAGAGCAGACACUCAAGGACCUGGAGUACGAGCUGGAGGCGAAGAGUCACCUCAAGGAUGACCGAGGCCGACUCGUCAAGCAGAUGGAGGACAAGGUGUCUCAACUGGAGAUGGAGCUGGAAGAAGAAAGAAACAACUCGGAUUUGCUGUCUGAGAGGAUCACCCGGAGCAGGGAACAGAUGGAGCAGAUGCGGAAUGAGCUGCUUCAGGAGCGAGCCGUGAAGCAGGACUUGGAGUGUGACAAGAUUUCUCUGGAGAGACAGAACAAGGACUUAAAGAGCCGGAUUAUCCACCUGGAAGGUUCCUACAGGUCCAGCAAAGAGGGCCUGGUGGUGCAGAUGGAGGCCAGGAUCGCAGAGCUGGAGGACCGUCUGGAGAGCGAGGAGAGGGACCGGGCCAGCCUCCAACUGAGCAACCGCCGGCUGGAGCGGAAGGUGAAGGAGCUGGUGAUGCAGGUGGACGAUGAGCACCUGUCACUGACUGAUCAGAAGGACCAGUUGAGCUUGCGCUUGAAGGCAAUGAAGCGACAGGUGGAGGAGGCCGAGGAGGAAAUCGACAGGCUGGAAAGUUCAAAGAAGAAGCUACAGAGGGAGCUGGAGGAGCAGAUGGACGUGAAUGAGCAGCUGCAGGGCCAGCUCAACUCCAUGAAGAAGGACUUAAGACUUAAGAAGCUGCCAAGCAAAGUGCUGGAUGAUGUGGACGAUGACGACGACCUCAGCACGGAUGGGGGGAGCCUCUAUGAGGCGCCACUGAGCUACACCUUCCCCAAGGACAGCACCGUCGUCAGCCAGAUCUGAGCCCACUUCCAGGGGCUGCAGUGGGAGGCGUGAGAGGGAGCGCCAUCGCCUCCUCUUUGCAGACCAGGCUUCUCCUCUUGACAUCACGUCGUCCUAGGAUCUCUGUGGUAGCACAGCUCUGGUGGCUUGGGCAGCAGCUCUUGCAGGGUAUGCGUUGCGAUGCCUGCGGCCACUUGGCAGGAUGGAGCCCCACUCUGCACAGCUGUCUGCCACGCCAUCUGCAUUGCUGAUCCUCCCCCACGUCCCCCUGUCAAGAGAAAGGGUCCAAAGCCUGGUUCCUAUUCAGUAGCCCCGGUGUCGGGGAGAGGAUGAUGUGUAGACUGUACAUAUUUUAAAUCAGACCUUCUCCUAGACUGCUGCUGUUCCAUUUUGGAAUGUUGCAGAGGCUUCAUGGGGUGGCUUGUUUGUAAAGUUCACAUGUGUCUAUUGAGUAUUAUUUUUAAUAAUAUAAAGCUACUAGAUUUUUAAAUAAUAUGGAGCCAGAGGCAAGAAGGAAAAGGUAGA